AUGAAAGCAAACCCAUGGUUAGACGAGCAAAAUGCAAAAUUCAAUCAGAGUCGUGAUCUUGUAGCCAUCGCUGAUCAUGAAACCCUACUUAUUCAAACUCCUCUCCUUUGCCUCCUUCCUCCCCAACGUCUCUCUCUCUCUCAAACUUCUUCUCUCUCUCUCUCGCCUCUGCCGGAAACGGCUGCCACCGGCGCUGCUCCGGUCACCGCCGUUUUCAUUGCUCGGAAAAAAUUAGAAGGAAUAGAAAACACGUUAAAGAGGACGGAGAAGUGUCGUCCUUUCGCCGGAUUUCGCCAUCACUGCCGAGCUGCCGCCGAUCUGCCGGAGAACAGAAUUCUAGCCAAGGACAUGGUUUGGGAGAGAAAGUGGGCAUUCAAGAAUAAUGAAUGGCUAUCCGAGAAGCUGCUAUUGUAUAGUAUUAAAUACUAGAGAGUUGAUAAUUACACAUGUAUUGCUACUGUAUAUAAUCAUGUUAAAGAGCAUUAUCUCAUAUAUGUACAUGGACACUUAAUAUUCUUCUACUAUACUUGCUCUUGCAUAAAUCA